AUGGCGCCCUGGCUGCAGCUGCUGUGGCCGCUGUGGCUGCUGUGGCUGCUGCCCAGCGCCGUGCCCGCCCCUGCCCAGCCCCGAGCAGUGGGCGCUCGGGCCUGGGGGCCGCCGGACCCAGAGCUGCUGGGAGCCGCCCGCUUCGCCCUCAAGAUGUACAACCACGGCCGGGCUGCGGGCGCGCAGGCCGUGCUGGGGGCCGUUCGCGGGCGCGUCCGCCGGGAGGGUCAGGGGUCGCUCUACACCCUGGAGGCCACCCUGGAGGAGCCGCAAUGUCAUGAACCCAUGGUGUGCCAACUCCCUGUGUCCAGGAAGACCCUGCUCUGCAGCUUCCAGGUCCUGGACGAGCUGGGGAAACACAUGCUGCUGAGGCGGGACUGUGGUCCGGUGGAAACAAGAGUGACAGAUGACGGAAAUGAGACUUUGACAUAUGUGCUCCCGGGGUUGGGCAGGAAUUCCUCGUCCCAGGACUUUACUGUGAAGAUGGCGUCAAUCUUCCAGAAGUUUAUGCACACCUAUAACCGGACUUACGAGUCGAAGGAAGAGGCCGAGUGGCGUCUGUCCGUCUUUGCCAGUAACCUGAUGCGUGCGCAGAAGAUCCAGGCCCUGGACCGGGGCACAGCUCAGUACGGCAUCACCAAGUUCAGUGACCUCACAGAGGAGGAAUUCCGCACCAUCUAUCUGAACCCCCUCCUGCGGUCGGAGCCCGGCCAGAAGAUGCACAUGGCCAAGUCCGUGGAGGACCCCGCGCCCCCGGAGUGGGACUGGAGGAGUAAGGGGGCUGUUACCAAAGUCAAGGACCAGGGCAUGUGUGGCUCCUGCUGGGCCUUCUCUGUCACAGGCAACGUGGAGGGCCAGUGGUUCCUGAAGCGGGGAACCCUGCUGUCCCUCUCGGAGCAGGAGCUCUUGGACUGUGACAAGGUGGACAAGGCCUGCCUGGGCGGAUUGCCCUCCAACGCCUACUCGGCCAUAAGGAACCUGGGGGGGCUAGAGACGGAGGAUGACUAUACCUACCAGGGCCACAUGCAGGCCUGCAGCUUCUCCGCGCAGAAGGCCAGGGUCUACAUCAACGACUCCGUGGAGCUGAGCCGGAAUGAGCAAAGGCUGGCGGCCUGGUUGGCCAAGAGGGGCCCGAUCUCUGUGGCCAUCAAUGCGUUUGGCAUGCAGUUCUACCGCCGUGGGAUCGCCCACCCGCUGCGGCCCCUCUGUAGCCCCUGGCUCAUCGACCACGCUGUGUUGUUGGUGGGCUAUGGCAACCGGUCUGCCACGCCCUUCUGGGCCAUCAAGAACAGCUGGGGCACCGACUGGGGUGAAGAGGGUUACUACUACUUGUACCGCGGGUCUGGGGUGUGCGGCGUGAACACCAUGGCCAGCUCAGCGGUGGUGAACUAG